CUCCAUUCCUUCUUAUAUAUCCUCCCACUUUGCUCUCUCUACAGAUCUCUCCUCCCAAUCAAACACCACACACAGCAGCCAUGGAGAAGCAAGACAGCAACAGAAGCCUCUCCUUCAUCGACACACCUACCGCCGCCAAUGCCGGUUUCCUCGAGAGGGGAAGGCGGAUCAAGAUGGCAGCCGAGAUGGGACUUGUUGAGUCCUCCCGCGGCCGCCACUGGAGUCGCGCCCUCCGCAGCCGCCUCCUCCGAAGGAAAGGAAACGGUGCAUGCGGCUGCAAGGAAGAAGGCUUGGCUCCUUGUAAGGUGGCUGAAGACUUGGUUGGAGAAGACGGAGACGAUGAGGUGAUAGAGAUAGAGAGGAGGGUGAGAGCUCUUCAGAAGCUAGUCCCGGGCGGCGAGGACUUGGCCAUGGACCAGCUCUUCGAGGAGACGGCAGACUACAUCGAGGCGCUCCAGGGGCAGGUGAAUGUGAUGAGAGCGCUUGCCGGCUUGCUUGAUGGGUUGGAGAAGGAGAAGAGGUUGAUGGGAGGGUGAGGGUGGUUCUUCUUGGGUUCUUUCUUUCCCUUGCAGUCUUUGUUAGUAAUUAACCUCCUCCUAAUGAUAAUUUAAGAGAGGAAACUAUUAGCAAGUAAUUCUUCUUCUUCUUCUUCUUUUCAUUUUCUUUUUUAUAUAUUGUUUUGAUUUGGUACUCCAAAUUCUCACCUUGUUAUGAAAUUAAUUGAAAAAUGAUAUGGGUGGAAAUUAGUUCGAAUA